AUGGAUAUGUUCAAGAAUUUAGUAGGCGGCAACAAACAGAAGCCGGCCAAGGAGGGCCAGCAGGAAGACUACGUUGACAAAGCGUUCGGCGUUGCCAACAAGAAGGGCGGCUUCGGUCUCAGCAGAGACACUCAGGAGAAGAUCACCGACGGUGCUCGUUCAGCCGUCGAGAAGCUCACUGGCAAGAAAAUCGACCCCAAGAUCUCCAACUGA